AUGGAAAGUUCAUUCUUCAAACUUCUUGGUUACCCAUAAGCUUCAGAAUUGCAGUAAAAUUACUGCGUACUUUAAAGUAAUUUUAAUAUUUAAAUAAAUAAAUCAACAUCCAGCCUGAAUCCUAGCCACGAAAAUCCAGUUUGUCAUAAAGUGAUAGAUUUGUUUGUGUAUUCCUUAAAAAAUUAAGCGAGUUGAGAGUAUUUAGCUGGAGAAAAUCACGUACGUUCAGUACAAUAGAGAAGUCCUCUGAAGCAAUGUGGAUGCCACGAAUUUACGCUGCCGAUUCCGCUUUUAGACAUCUAGCGUUUUGUAUAUAUGAUAUCACGGGCAGGAAGAGGUGGGGAGGGCGCGAGGAGGUUUGCGUGUGUUGAAGGUUGUAGUAGUUUUGACUGAAAUUCCUCUCAACUCAUUAAACUGUAGGAUAAACGCAAAUUGGCUGCUUUGAAAUCAUACACUAGCUCUUUCGGGCGUUCUAUUUUAUUUGGAGUUUGGUUUUUUUCUUCGUCUGCAUGUGUGAGUGAGUUGGGCGAACACACCUGUGUGACUCAGUACGUCCUGCAGGGAUGUGUUCCAGUCGGGGCCUUUGCAACAGUGGGGAGCGAGCCGCCGACCGACCUGCCCGCUCCGAGAGCGCCGGUUCGGGGGCUCACUAUGCCCUGUGCGCCCUGGGCGUGGGCCUUAUCGCGCUGGGCGUGGUCAUGAUCGUGUGGACGGUCAUCCCCGUCGAUGGGGAAGCGUCUGGCACCUCCACCAACACGUCCAGCAACACCACCGCGGAUGACACUGACAGCGGCAGCGAAGAAGGGGAGCUCUCCAAGUCAUCGUCGGUCGCCAUCGUGUUGGUCGGCGUCGGCCUGGCCAUGCUGCUGCUGUCCAUUUGCCUCGGAAUUCGGAGCAAGCGCAGAGCGAACAGCAAUCCGCAAGUUGCAACGACGGCAGCGGCGUCUGCCUUCUUGGAUCAUGUGGCCGGCGAGCAAGAAGACGUUCCGGAUCCAACCACAUUCAACGUUCCGAGCUAUGAGGAAGUAGUGGGCAGCAGCGACUACCCCGUGCGUCAGAGCAACCUCCGGCAGAGCAACACCCACCUGCCGUCGUACGAGGACAUCAUUGCGGCCGUAGAGAACGAGGAUGCCGAGCAACCGGCUGAGGACGCCCCCCUAAGCGACGGCGCCCCAUCACCAGCUGCUGAGCCCCAGGCCGACGCCGCCCGUCAGCCCAGUCUACCGGCGCGCAGCGCCAGCCGGGCCAGCCGCCUGCUGCGCCCCCUGCGGGUGCGGCGUAUCAAGUCGGACAAGCUUCACCUGAAGGACUUCCGCAUCCAAAUCCGCAGUCCCACGACCAACCCGGUCAACAUCGAGCCCAUCACACCGCCACCGCAGUAUGACAAUAAGCCGCCGGAAUUGGGCUGAACGCAAUUAUCUCUGGACUGAAAACACUCCUGAGAAGCCAGUUUAUCACUGCUGGUACCCCAAAAGUAGGUUAGACGUUGCUGGGAGCAGCCACUCACAAGAUCGAGGAACUUUGCCCGUUGUGUUCAGUUACCACGCAUCUCUGCCUCAGUUGUAGGCAAACAUUUAAUAUGAGCACGUAAGUACGAUUUCAAGUGCAAAAAAUAGGGAUGGUAAAUACUGAUGCAUCUGUUUGUAUUGUGUUCUUAAUGAAGAUGCACUGAAUGGGAGGAAUUCUUUGUUAAUGUUUUUAAUGUGUCUUAAAGUGACUAAAGUUGACUAUUGCGGUGCUGAAAGGAAAUGGUUUGAGUUCUUUAAAGCAUUUUGUAAUCCAAUAAAUAAUGUUUAAGUUGCA